AUGGUGCCCUCUCGCAGUGCCUCCUCCUCUCCGCGUCCCUGUCAUGCCUCAUCCCUUGUAUUUCACGGUGCCUCUAUCCCUCUCUCUCUCGCCGCGUCUCGCCUCCGUGCCUCCGUGCUUCCAUGCUUCCCUCGCCUCGCCGCACCGUGCCUCCAUCCCUCCCUCACCGCGCUGCCACUCCGUCUCUCGCGCCUGAUCGUAACAAAUGGGGAGUACAAGAGCUGCGUGCAUAGGGCAAUUACAAAUCCUGAUCGCGCAAGACUAUCAGUGGAAACAUUUCAUGAUCCAGCGAAGACGGUUAGGAUCUCCCCAGCUUCUGAACUGAUAGAUGAAUCACCGCCAGCCAAAUACCAGGGUGUUGUUUAUGGAGACUAUGUAAAAUCAUGUUCCAGCAUGAACUUUACGUGUCCUUCAUAUUGCGAGCUUAAUAGUUUCUUGCAGGUGUAUAAUGUAAAUGCUUUACACUUUCUGAAUUGCUAUGUUAUUUACACCAGGUCUGGAAAAAGUGAGGUUCAUGAUGGUUGCAUAUAUUUACUGAUGAACUGA